UCUCCUAGGGUUAUACGCCUCUACAUAUUGCCAUGCAAUUCGGAAGGGUUAAUAUAUUUGCCUUGCUCUGCAACACCUACAAAGCGAAUCGUGAUCUAUUGGACUGGGCUGGCAAUAAGGCUUUGGAUUAUAGCAAACAGCAGACCACCGUCUCGGCUUCCACCUAUAGCAAAAUCAAGGCAAAGAGAAAACCCUCGGCCGAAAAAGAUUCGGGAUUCCUACGGAUUGGCUCUUUGAAUGUCCGAGUGAAGAAAACGACCGAAGCGUUCAGCAACUUCUUGGGUGUGGGCAAUGGCAAUGGGAGCUCAAUGCCGCCGCCAACUCAUCAAUAUCAUCAUCAUCCACACGCAGCCUCAACAGCAAGUCUCCCUCACCAGCGGCCCCAUCGUCACCAUCACUAUCCACAUCAUCUUCAUCACGGUGGUACGAUGCGGAAUCAGCAUCAUCUGCAUCCGAUGAUGAUGAAAAAAUCAUCAACAAUGAUGCCAAAGAAGAACACGCCAUCGUCAAUGCAUCACCCGGCACCGGGAUCGAGGGCGAGUGCACCAAUUAAUAGCAAACAAUUCGAUAUGCUACAUAAAACGUGGGGUUCUGCAGACAAUAUAAACGGUAAUGCUGCAACACAUGAUGAUGAUGAUGACGACGAUGAAGAUGAAUCCCUAAUGCCACCACCAGGUCUAGAUAGUGUUAAGAAACGCCAAAGGAAUGUAAAACGUUCAUCAAUAGCCUCCAAUACAACAGAUUCACCCAGAGAUUCCAUAUCUUCGACAUCAAGCUCAAAUUUUAAUACUGGCUACAGCAGUAUGCCAACCACACCCAAUCAGUUACGUUCACCGUUGGGUUUGGGUGCUGUCGCUCACAAUCUCAAUGUUGAUUCUGACUCAGAUUCAGCAUGUGGUUUUGAUUCGAAUUGGUCUAUAAGUGGUCGCAGUUCCCUAAGCAGUGGCAAUCUUAAAUCAACGAAAUAUUAA